GACAGAGAGAAAGAUGGCGACGAGCAACGAGAGGGAUGAAAGGAGAGCGAGAUUCUCAGCGAAAGGGUUGAUUCGCAUGUCUCACAUCACCUCAGGACGGACCCAAAGCAUCUCCUCAUCUUCUUUACCACCUCUUGAUCAUGAUCAUCGGCCUCCAACAUCACAUCUCUUUGAUCAAACCAAUGAUGCAAAGAAACAAAGCUCUGAUGCACAGGGAGAGGGAGCCAGGGAUGAACGAAGGAAAAUUGCAGAAGAAGGGCUGAAUCUCACGUCUCACAUGAGAGGCCAAAGCCAAAGCAAUCCUCAAACUCUUGAUCAUAGUGCAUUGUUCUCCAACUAUCAUCAGGCACCACAAAUAUAUUUAUCUGAUCAAAUUAGUGCUGGACCUGUGGUUGCGGGGGACGCCUCUAGUUCUAGUUAUCUUAAUCAUAGAGGUAGCUAUGAAAUUUUAGGGGCAAACUCUCUUGAUGUUGGAGGCCAAGCUGAACUAAAAUUUCAGAAACAGGGAACUGAUAAAGAUGCAAUUUCUGCUCUUGUUGUGGGAGAAAGGGGUGAAUUACAGCCAUUGCAAGAGACAUCAUCACUCCAAAGGGCAUCAAGCAAUCUGGAGCCACUCCAAAAACCUUGCAGGAACCAACCUAAUUUUUUCUCUUCCAACCGACUUAAUUCCUGCAUUAUAGCUUCUGAAAGAACACGCAGUUUUUGUGCACUGCUCAUAGCACUUUUUGUACUUCUGUCUUAUAUUGAUUAUCCCCUGCUUGGAAUGAAUAUAGUCAGGUCGGAGAGCAUUGUAGCCUCAAGGCCUCUUUACAUAAUCCUACUGACUGAUUUGACAGUUGUGCUUGGACAAAUGUUUCUUGACAAGAAAGGAGACUCUGAGGAGGCUGAAAAUAAAAAAGCAGGAUCUCAAAAUAAUAGACAGAGCUGGGCGGGUGCUGUUAAGCUUUUGGAGAGGGGUUUAGUGGCCUAUCAGACAAUCCGAGCACUUUUCAUAGACUGCAGCAUUUAUGCAGUGGUGGUCAUUUGUGGCCUUUCUUUGAUGUAGUUUUUCUUCUAGAUGAUACCAUUGGUUCUACUCCAAUCUCAGCGAAUUUUGCCAAGAAACAAUUUCUUUUUGUCAAUUCAAUGUUUAUUAACUUUUACCGCA